GAGUAUCUGUAUUUCGUGGAAUCUAUUUCUUUGCUGGGUAUAAUACAGAUAUAUACACACACACUCCUUUAUACAUCACAGUAAGUCCAUGCAAACCCUGAACUAAUUUACAAAUAAUUUCCUGCACAUGACCCAUUUGCAAAAGUACAACGAGCGCAAAAUGGUCCGAUAUGUCUACAACAACAUGCUGCAUGAACGGCAGCCGAUACUCAAGUGGUUGGCCAUCGCUGGUCUAGUGCCGUACGCCAACAACCGCAAACGUCGAUACCAGCAAUGGCAACGCAUCUAUACAUACAUCAUGCUUGCGGCGAAUUGGUCGCUAACCAUCUAUGGAAUCUUUGAAGAGCCCUUGGGUGAUGAAGUGCUCGUCUCGAAUUAUAUCAGCGUAUUGGUAUUCCUUAGCCAGAGUAUAGCGCUUACCGUUUGCCUAGUGGAAGUGAUGUCCACAUAUCGUCUUUACUUUGCAUUCAUGCAACAAACUCAACGCAUUGUGUGGCUCUUUCAGCAGCGUCUGCAUACCGGCCUGUGUCGUUGGAGUUUGCGGCGUCGUCAAUGUUUGAAAUAUGUCUGUUACUCGUGCAUCGUGUAUGGUUGUUUGCCAAUAUCGAUGGUGGUCAUUUGGACGAAAUACUAUUACGGUUAUUUUUGGUAUGCCUUGGGUUGUAUACUGGUGUUGCGUACACGUUGCCUCAUGGCUGUCAUUUAUAUGGAUUACAUCGAUUUCUUUAUGUCGCAUUUGAAUAUGAAGCUGCGUUCGGUGACAAAUUGUCGUUUGACUCGAGAUCGUUUGUAUUUGGAUGUCAAUUAUAAAAUGCUGGAAUCCUUCGAUUAUCUUUUGCAGUUGAAAAUGGUUUAUGGUGAAAUUCGGAAGUUGACUUUUAUGUUUGAUGAUUUGUUUGGUUGGUCGAUUUGUGCUCUGAUAACGGUAGUUUUUCUAGACAUCACCAUUAACUCGUAUUGGACGUUUCUGUCGUUAUCGAAAAUUUUUGAAUUCUAUUUCCUCUAUUUAACCAUAUCGACGGUGUUCCCAUUGGCCACAGCCACAUCCUAUUUGUGCUAUGCAGGCGAGAAUUGUAAGCAGCAGGUGAGUAAAUAUUUGUGAUAUCUUUAAUUCAAGUUUUGGUAUUAUAUAUGUACAUAUAAAAUAUUAUUUUUAAUAUAUCUGAUAAGCAAGUUGUUGCAGAAACUCGCCUCUAAAGUAUGUGCAGGGCAGCUUAUAGACUUAUACUUCUUUCUCUUGAUUGACCCAGUAAUAAUAGCGCGCCAUUCGUCCUUAUCUUAGUCCUUCGGCGCCAAAUAGAAAUACCAGGAGAAGCUUGGCGCUUCUCAAUCAAUCUCAAGUGAAGAUCUUCCAUUUCCUCUUCUUACACAAGUGGAUACUGUAUCGUAAACUUUCAGAGCUGAAGUAUUUUCGUCUAUGCGGACAGUGUGAUGAACUAUGUUCGACAUUCCAUUGCCUGCGGCAUGCGCCGCUAAACAUCUUUCUCGAAGGCUUUCCAAGCCGACUCAUGGUAUGUUGUCAUCGUUCAUUAAUCUAACCGCAAAGUAGUAAAGUCGUCAUGAUCUACUUGUAGAAUUUGGUCUUAGUUUGUUGAGAUAGAGGAUUUUACUUUUCAAUUUCAUGUCUGAAGCCUCAUUUGGUGCCGUACCGUUUGGGGCGAGCUAAAGGUUAUAUCUUCUUAAGAAAACCGGCCACGGAACUGCCAUAUGGGCUAAUAGAUUAUUUUUGUAUAUUUCAAGCUGAGAACUGCGCACUCAUAGAGGCAACAAAUUUUUAUGUUGCAAUCUAAAAUUCUGUCGGAAUAUCGUCAAUUCUUGCAGGAUAUGGAUACAGACUGCCUCUCAUAUCGCUCAUAGAGUUAACGAGGGAAACAGCAAACAAUAUUGCAGUAGAAAACGCCAGACAGGACUCGACUAGAAUUAGACACACGCAAACCGUCUCUCAAAGAAUUUACUCAUGAAUAGGCCGGCUUAAGAUGGAAUCACAGAACACCUUGUCGGAAAUCCAGGCAAACCGAAUGGGUCGAAAUAAAAUAGAAAUUUACUCCUUUGAAAGAGAGGUUUUGCCAAGAAGUUCUAAUCGGUCACUUUCUAAUGGGUUGACACACUGACGUACUGAUAGUUUUUUAAAAAAAAGAUGCUCCAGGAACUAUAAAAAUGAAAAGAAUGAAAGGAAGAAACUUGCUGUCGACAGUAUUAGGUUCCGAAAUUUCGAAAACACUUGGCCGACCAAUUUUUUAACAUCGAUAUAAAUUUUCAGAGGUCGAAAUAAAAGUUAAUCAGAUGGUUCAAAGUGCGGGCUAUAUGGUCUGCGCGUUAAAACCAAGCACCGUGAACUUUCACCUGCACAUCGAAGAGGUAUGUAUGUGGUCUAAAGUAAUCAUGAUGAACCACAACACUUUUUCCAUUGAUCAAUUCUGGACACUGAGAAAAGAAAAAAACUUCUUGUAAACUGGAAAAUUGUUGACAGUAGAGUUCUGAAUUUAUUGUUCCACCACUUUAUAGCUCUGUAACAGAUGAUUCCCUUCCAAUACCACUCUCCAGCGCGUAUCAUUUAGUUUGCAGCCAACUCGGGGUUUGAAGUCAACGGUCUUUGCCUAUGAUUUUUUGUUUGAUACUCUUGUACUUAACCCAAUUUUUCAUCGCUUGUGAUUAAACGCUUCAACAAUAAUUCGAUUUCAUCGUGUUUGAGAAAUGUUUCACUGAUGAUAAUUCGUUUAAUAAUUUUUUGUUUGGGUUAAUUUAUAUUGCAACUAAACAUUGAUCUUCUUUGAGCAGCCAGCUUUUUUUAAAUGAUUCCAAACUGCCACGUGAGUGACGCCCAAUGCUUCUUUUAUCUCCUGACAGCUUGCAUGCUGAUCUUACGCCACCAAUUGCAAAAUUUAAUGGGAUGUUCAAGUGACUGGCCGACCAGAACGUGAUUUGUCUUUGACAUCAAAGCUACUGGCACGAAAUCGGGCAAACCUUAGCUGCGGCAUUCAUUUACAGCAUUCUCAUAGUAGAUUACACAAAUUUUUAAGCAGGUUUCCUCGCAGCAUUUCUUUACCUUUUUAAAGUGGAAAUUUCAUUCAUUUUCAAAUCAAAUCAGCUUUUCAUAUGAACGACUAUUAACAGAGCUAUACGUGUACUCACGAAAAAUAUUGCUUAAAAUGUCAGAUAUCAAGCACGUGUCAGUUUGACACAAAUGGAUUAGUGUUGCGCUAAAUAUAAGAGUGUCAGCGCCAUCUAGCGACAUAAGUCGUGCAAAAGUUUUACUGAUACAAUAAUUUUUGGUGAUGGCAUUUCCACCGGAGUUUUGGUGCAACGUUUAUUAAACAGCAAAUUAAGAUAUACAAAUACGAGAAUCUACAAUGAUUUGCUAUUCGAAUUUGCAAUACAAAUACAACAAGAUCCAUUCGUAAUAUCACUGAAAGAAUUUUUUAUUGUGGAUUUGCGUUUGUUAAUGAAGACAUUUGCUGCAAUAGUCACAUAUUUGGUUAUAUUACUGCAAUUCCGGUGGACCUAUCCCGAUGAUUAUGGUGAUGUGAA